ACAACAUCCUCCGGAGUCUGGAUAACCAAAACCUCCAUUCCAAAACCAUGUUUCUUCUCCUCCCCCUCCUCCUCCUCCUCCCCUUCCUCCUCUUUCUCUUUCUCAAACCCUUAUCCAAAUCAAAAUCCAAAUCCCAAAUCCAUCCACCAUCACCACCAUCUCUCCCUUUCAUUGGCCACCUCCACCUUCUUCUCCCCAUCCCUUACCGUGCUCUCCACUCCCUCUCCCUCAUUCACGGUCCUAUCAUGCUUCUCAAACUCGGCCAAAUCCCCACUCUCAUCCUCUCCUCCUCCUCCUCCAUCCGCUCCAUGAUCAAAUCCAACGACAUAGCCUUCUCCAGCCGUCCCAAUCUCAAAGUCCCUCGCCAACUCGUCUACGACUCCAAAAGCAUCUCCUUCACCCCCUACGGCCCUUACUGGCGCCAAUCUCGCAAGCUUUGCGUCCUCCACCUCCUCAGCACCAAGCGCGUCCACUCUUUCCGCCCCAACCGCCACUCUGAGCUCUCCAUCAUGCUCUCUCACAUCUCUAAUCACUCCCUCUCCGGCCCCCAUCAAUCUCAGCGAAAUCAUCUACUCCUUCACCACCAACAUCCUCUGCAAAAGUCGCCCUCGGCCGCUCCAUCACUGAAGAAAGCCAACGCCGUAUGCUCCAUGACUCUAUUUGUCAGGCCACCAAACUCUUCGGCUCUUUCAAUGUUGAAGAUUACUUCCCUUCUCUCAAAUGAGAUAAAAGAUGAUGAUAACGCUGAUUUGGUUGAUAUUCUUCUUUCUCUUCAGAGAGAUCCCUUGCCUGGGGAGUUCUCCCCCACCAUGGAUGAAGUCAAAGCUAUCAUUCUGAAUAUGUUUGCGGCUGGAACUACUACAUCUUAUAUAUUCUUAGAGUGGGCUAUGUCAGAGCUUAUUCGAAAUCCAAAAGUAAUGAAGAAAUUGAAAGAAGAGGCUAAAUUAGUGAGCGAAAAGAGUUCAAUGGUGGCCGAGGAAAAUGUGAAUAAGAUGUCCUACUUGAAGGCAGUAGUGAAAGAAGUGUUGAGACUUCAUCCUCCUGCUCCUUUGCUAGUUCCUCGUGAAACUAUCGAAGACACUGAGUUACAAGGCUAUAAAAUUCCCAAGAAAACAAGAGUAAUCAUUAAUGCAUGGGCGAUAGGAAGGGAUCCAAAAUUUUGGGAUGCUCCGGAAGAGUUUAUACCGGAAAGAUUUGUGAACAAUGAGUUAGAUUUCCGAGGUCAAGAUUUCGAAUUUAUUCCAUUUGGUAUUGGUCGGAGAAUUUGUCCAGGAAUGCAAUUUGCUGUGGCCACAAUUGAGUUUGCUCUUGCAAAUCUUGUGCAUCAGUUUGAUUGGGACAUGCCAAAUGGAUUGAGUGCCGAAGAUUUGAACAUGGAUGAAGCUCAAGGACUUAUAAUGCAUAGGAAACAUCCUCUAGUUUUGGUUGCAAAAAAAAAUGGAUUGAUGUUGUAGUUAGUUCUCAAGUGCCAUGAUAAUAAGUUACCUUUUUAACACUGUGGCUAGGGUUUGUUGCAUGUAUUUGAUAAUAUAAUAAAGAUGGAUUUGGUUUUGGUUUUGGUUGUAAGUAAA